AUGGCCUCAGUCUCAGAAGUUCUCUACCCGAUCAUCGAUCAUCCAAAGUUGUCGACUUCUUUCAAAGGCCUCCGACACUCGAUAUCAUCCCCCGAGCAACAGGUGUGGCAAUUUCGAGGUAUCAAAUAUGGAAAUGUAUCGGCCCGAUUCCAGCAAUCGACUUUGAAUGAGGCAUUCUUACCCUCUGUAUAUGAUGCAACCACAUAUGGACCCAAAUGUCCACAGCCGCAGUUCCCUCUCCGAGUCGAAGAUGGACUCAUUGCGCUCCCACCCGGAAUUGCCACCCACUCUGAAGAUAUCUUCGACGAGUUCAACUGCUUGAACUUGAACAUCACUGCUCCUGCAGGAGCCAACGAGAGUUCCAACCUUCCAGUUUUGAUUUAUAUACAUGGUGGUGGUGGAUUCUCGGGCUCGAAUGGCGAUUGGUGGUGUGAUGGAGGAAGCAUCGUGAAGCGGAGCAUGGAGAUUGGGAGGCCCGUCAUUGCGAUUGCUAUCAAUUACCGACUUUCUAUCCUGGGGUACAUUGGUUCCGACGAGCUGGGGAAAGAAUACGGCAAAGAAAACAAUGGGAAUCAAGGUCUGCGUGACACUCACCUAGCAAUUAAUUGGGUCCACCGCAACAUUGGUCCCUUCGGCGGCUCUUCCCACAACAUGACAAUCUACGGCGAGUCCCAUGGAUCUGCGUUAGUUGACCUCCUCCUCCGCACUUCCCUUCCUCUCCCAAUCGCGCGAGCAAUCACCCAAUCAGGACAGUCCAACACCUCCAUCUCGACUCCCAAGUCCCUCACCGAACACGACGCCCUCUAUACCGGCCUCAAACAACACCUCAGCAUGAGCGCCCUCUCUGAACUCCAAGCCGUCCCCUAUACCGACCUCCUCGAUGCAUACACGAAAACUGAUAGCGCUGCUGGACUCCGUCCAAGCUUCCUCGUCGACGGCUAUUUCUUCACAGAAGAUUGGAGAGAAAGCUCGUUCAAAGGUCCGGUCAUGAUAGGCAACACAGGAGCCGAAGACUGCGUCCUCGAAAGCGUGUGCGCUUUCUAUCCACGCCAGACUCCCCCACCAACACUCUCCACACUCGUCGCCACCCUGACCUCAAUCCUGGGUGCACCAACCCUCAACUCAAUCCUCACCGCUUACUCUAUCUCCGAGCAAACGGAGAAAGGCGAGAUGCUUGACAAAAUCCUGAAGUUGGUAGCGGACAUCAUGUUCUGCAAGCCAGCAUAUGAUCACGCUUUGCAGUGGAGGAAGCAGGGGAAUGAAGUACAGCAGUACAUCUUUGAGCAGAAGCAACCAUUUGGUGGUAUCUAUCAAGGAAAAGCCGCACAUAGUCUUGAUCUAGCUUACCUCCAUGGGAACCCGGAGAUCUUCUCCGGUACUACGGAUCCAGAAGGGGAGAUUAAGAUGCAGAGAGCGAUGCAAGAUGCGUGGGUAAGAUUUGCGCAUGGAGAAGAGGGAUGGGGAAAGAGUGGGUUGGUGAGGAGAUUUGGACCUGGGGAGGUGGUGGACGAGAGUGUUGAAACAGUGCUCAAGAAGUGGAAUAGAGGGGAUGCGUGGAAGAGUCUGGAGGGGUUGGACGGUGAGCAGUUGGCUGCGUUGGUUGGUCUCUCUGCUUUGUUUGUUGGUGGGUUUAUUGGUUUUGAGACACCGUCUUAG